AGACUUCAAGAAAGGACUGUCUUGCCUGAGGUCACAAAGGCCAAGCCCUAACCCCCACACCCUACCACCCGGCACUUGACACGUGUAUCAACGCUGGCUGCGGUAACCAUGGCCACCAAGGAGCAGAGAGGUGCCAAGUUCUGAUGGGCACCAAUGGAAGGAGGGGGAAGAGGAGAGAGCCUCUUUCAGUAUCCGAGCAUGUGUGCAACUUCCUGCCAGUGAGGAAACACUCAGCUAAAAUCAGCCCAGCUUCUCCUUUCCCUGCUCUGGUCUCACAGGAGCAGUUGUGGUGAGCCGUGGGCCACACUGGCCUCAGCCAGUCCGGCCAAACGCUGGCGAAGCAAUGCCCUGGACUGUCCUGCUCUUUGCAGCUGGUUCCAUGGCGAUACCAGCCCCAUCCAUCGUGCUGGUGCCCCCACACCCCAGCAGUCACGAGGACCCCAUCUACAUUAAAUGCAUGGCCCCCAGGGGCUUCCCAGGUGCCAACUUCACGCUGUACCAAGGGGAGAUGGUGGUCCAGCUCUUGCAGGCCCCUGCAGACCAGUUCAGUGUCAUCUUCAACCUGAGUGGUGGCAGCUGGGAGGCUGCAGGGGGGACGACAUUUCAUUGCCAGUAUGGCGUGCUCGGUGAGCACAGGCUACUGCAGCUGUCAGACCUCAGUGAGACUGUGCACGUCUCCUUCCCAGUGCCCCCUUGGAUCCUGGCACUCUCCUUGAGCCUGGCUGGAGCCCUCCUCCUUGCUGGGCUUGUGGCUGUUGCUGUGGUGAUCAGGAAAGUUAAAGCAAAAAAAAUGCAGAAGAAAAGAGAGCAAGAAUCUUGCUGGGCCCAGAUUAACUUCACCACCACAGACAUGUCCUUCGAUAAUUCCCUGUUUGCCAUCUCAACGAAAAUGACUUCAGAAGGAGACACAGUCACCCUGGAUGCUCACUCAGGCUCUGCUGCGACCCCUGAAAACUGCGGGCCCCGGAAGAGGCCCACCUCCACAUCAUCCUCACCUGAGCCCCCUGAAUUCAGCACCUUCCGGGCCUGCCAGUGAGGCUGAGGAUUGCAGCCCCUCUCUAUGUACCCUGUCCCCCUCUCUCACUUGAUCUGGCCAGGCCAUGUGGGGCCAGAGUCCAUCCAGGUAGUUUGGAGGGUUCUGGCUACUGCUUUCUCAGGGAACUGGACAGGAUGUCUGGCCUUGGGACCUUCCUCACAGAGGAGCAGGAGUAGAAGAGUGAGAGCAGGCAUUGGCCUGGAGGCUGGACAGAAAGCAGGAAGCCUCUCUUUGGAUUCUCAGCUUCAAAGACCACCAGGGAAGUAGUUAGGGUCCCUUCUGGUCCCCAGCUAGGCCAUAAGAGGUCUGAGCUUUCUGUACAUCCCUUCGGUUUCCUCAUCCUUUGCCACACCUGACUUGGACAACACAACUGGGUUUUUGGAAAAUAGGGUACCCCCAGGUAUGUUCUGUGUGUCUGCCUUGCUGGUAUGCCUAAAUUAUUAAUUAUAGCACGUGCUGAGCUGA